AUGAUGUUGAAGCAGAUGAUAUGGAGACUCCAAAAAAACGUUGUGGAAGGGUUAAAAACACCGACAAUUGGGAUGUAUUUUGAGACAAUUGAAGAAGCACGGACCUACUAUGAAUGUUAUGGUCAAGAAAAUGGGUUUUGGAUUCGUACUCGGGCUUCAAGCAAAGGACGAAACCAAUCGAAUGAAGUCACUAAGGUGCUAUUUGUUUGCGUAAAAGAAGGAAAGUAUCUUGCGAAAAAGCAGCAAGAGAGUGUUGUGGAGGAGAAUGAUAAGACGGACGAAGAGAAGAAAGUGAUACCAAAGAAAAGAGUUAGACUUUGUUCAACAGUUAAAUGUGAAUGCAAGGCUCAUUUGCGGAUUAUGCAUGACAAAUGGAAUUGCAAAUGGAAACAUUAUUUUGGAGAUGUGGUCACAUUUGACACAACAUAUCGGACAAAUAAGUAUGAUAUGCCUUUCGCACCAUUUACGGGAGUAAACCAUCACAUGCACUCGAUACAGUAUGGAUGUGCACUUUUACAAGACGAGACAGAGGUGACGUUUGAAUGGUUGUUUCGAGCAUGGCUUGACGCUAUGGGAGGACGUCCUCCAACUUCUAUCAUCACUGACCAAGACUUGGGAAUGAAAGGAGCUAUUGCCAAAGUCUUUCCCAACACCCGUCAUCGUCUAUGUCUUUGGCACAUCAAGAAGAAAUUUGUUGAAAAGUUGUCACAAGUGUACUACAAGAGAUCGAAAUUCAAAAAGGAUAUGAAAAAAUGUAUUAAGGAGACAUACAAGAAAGAGGAUUUUGAAGAGAGAUGGAGGUUAUUGAUGAAGGAAAAUGGGUUAGAAAACAACGAAUGGCUUCAAGGGUUGUUUGAUAUUCGCGAAUCAUGGGUACCCGUUUAUAAUCGUGGUACAUUCUUCGCCGGUAUGAAUACUACCGGACGUAGUGAGAGCAUCAACUCAUUUUUUGAUGGUUUUGUAACUCACACUUCAAAUCUCAAAGAAUUUGUGGUGAAGUAUGAGAAAGCCUUGAAGAGGAUUGUGAAAAGGGAAAAUGAUGAAGAUUUUGAGUCCGAACACAAGUUUCGGAUUGUUAAUGACCAUGAACUUUUGUUGAAGCAUGCGGCAAAAGUGUAUACUAGAAACGCCUUCAACAAGUUCAAGGAUGAAUGGAGUAAAGUCUUUCACUACAAAGUUGAAAAUGAAAGAAAUGCCAAUGGUUUUCAAUCUUUCGUAGUGAAGUCAAAAGGUGAUGAACUUGAAAAGUUUGAGGUGACAUUGGAUUCGCAAACCUAUGAGUGUAAGUGUGAAUGCCAACAAUUUGAGUUUGUUGGGAUAUUGUGUGCGCACAUUUUGAAAGUGUUUGUCCGACUAGACAUUGAUGAAAUACCGAAACACUUUAUUCUUCCACGAUGGAGGCAAAGGGCCAACAAAUUUAGGAUAAUUGAUUUCCAAGGAUUGGUGCAUGACGACAGCAAAGAAGAAUCUGAGGCGUUAAGACUUAGCCAUAUGUGUCAAGAAGCUACAAAAUUGGCUUGUUUGGCCGCCCCAUCAAAUGAGGCAUACACAAUUUUUAUUAAAGGUAUGAAUAAUUUAUUCGAGAAGAUCCAAGAAGUUUCUAAGGUGUCUCCAAUUGAAAUUUGUGCUGAAAAAGAUAACGAGAAAUUUACCGAGCCGUCGCCGUCUCAGAUAUUGCUUUUGGAUCCGAAUAUCUCAAUUUGCAAGGGUAGGAAAAAGGAUGUCAAGGGCAAAGCCGCUUCUACACAGUCCGAAAGAUUGAAAAGCGGUAUUGAGAUGUCAUUAAAUAAGAAGAAAAGAAAGUGUCACAUGUGCUUUCAAUUUAGACAUGAUAAGAGAACUUGUCCUUCAAAUCCAAUGAGACUAACAAAGGCUUUGAAGAGGACGCGGAAGGCUCAGAUAGUGACCAAAAAGGUGGAUCAGAUUGCUCCGAAUGAUCUUGGAAUAUUUUGGCUUGUUGGCUUUAUUUUGAAGUUGAGGAAGUUAAAACUGAAAUUGCAGAUUACACUUGUUUAG